CUCCAUGUCUUUGCAGCCAAGGAUGUCCAUCGCAAAGAUCCAUGCACGUGAGAUUCUUGACUCCCGAGGCAACCCCACCAUUGAGGUGGACCUGUACACACAUAAAGGCUGCUUCCGUGCUGCGGUUCCCAGCGGCGCCUCCACUGGAGUCCAUGAGGCUCUGGAGAUGAGAGAUGGAGACAAGGACAGAUACCUGGGAAAAGGAGUGAGGAAAGCAAUUGACCAUGUUAACAAUGACCUUGGUCCAAAACUAAUCAAGCAGAAACUACAUGUGGGCAGCCAGGCGAAGAUUGACAACAUUAUGCUUGAGCUGGAUGGCACAGACAACAAAUCUCAGUUUGGUGCCAAUGCCAUUCUGGGUAUCUCGCUAGCCGUGUGCAAGGCAGGAGCAGCUGAGAAAGGUGUGCCACUCUACCGCCACAUUGCUGAUCUGGCUGGACACAAAGAUGUCAUUCUGCCCGUACCGGCCUUUAAUGUCAUCAACGGCGGCUCCCAUGCCGGUAACAAGCUGGCCAUGCAGGAGUUCAUGAUCCUGCCCGUGGGAGCAGCCAGCUUCCAGGAGGCCAUGCGCAUCGGAGCCGAGGUCUACCACAACCUGAAGAGCGUCAUCAAGAGCAAGUAUGGCAAGGACGCCACCAACGUGGGGGACGAGGGGGGAUUCGCUCCCAACAUCCUGGAGAACAAUGAAGCGCUGGAGCUCCUGAAAUCUGCCAUAGAAAGUGCUGGCUACACGGACAAGAUCAUCAUCGGCAUGGACGUGGCAGCUUCAGAGUUCUUCAAGAGCGGGAAGUACGACCUGGACUUCAAAUCCCCCGAGGACACCAAUCGCCACAUCAGUGGGGAGCAGCUGGGAGAUCUCUACAAAAGCUUCAUCCAACAGUAUCCAGUCCAGUCUAUUGAAGACCCCUUUGACCAGGAUGACUGGGAGAACUGGACAGCAUUCACUCAGUCUGUGGACAUCCAGGUGGUCGGAGACGAUCUGACGGUGACCAACCCCAAGCGCAUACAGCAGGCUGUGGAGAAAAAAGCCUGCAACUGCCUGCUAUUGAAAGUCAACCAGAUAGGCACGGUUACAGAAUCCAUCAAUGCGUGUAAACUGGCUCAGUCUAACGGCUGGGGUGUGAUGGUCAGCCAUCGCUCAGGAGAGACAGAGGACACGUUCAUCGCUGACCUGGUGGUUGGCCUGUGCACUGGACAGAUCAAGACUGGUGCCCCCUGUAGGUCAGAGCGUCUUGCAAAGUACAACCAGCUGAUACGCAUUGAAGAGCAGCUUGGCGAAACAGCAAAAUAUGCCGGCAGGGACUACCGUCAUCCCAAGAUCAACUGAGGCUGUUUAUGGAUCAGUGGACAGAGUCUCUACCCAAAGAAUCUUAAAUGGACUUUUAUAUAUCAUUAUCUAAGGCUGUGAAAUAUCAAAUAAAGUUGGAAAAUAA